UGAUCGGAUAUUUGUGCAUUUAAAACUCUCUUUAAAAGCUAAAACCGGUUCGCCGUGAGCUGGUGUCUGCCGGAGUUAUCUCAUCUCCAUUCUCCAUCUCCCUUCCCUUUCAUUCCUCCCUGUAAUCACACACACUCUCUCUCUCUCUCUCUCUCUCUCUCUCACACACACACACACACACAUACAUUCUUUUAAAUCACGAGAUCCUCUCCCUUUCUUCCAUGGCUCUCUCUGGUGUAUCACUAUCCCAUCCUCGGUGGUUGUAUUUUAAUGGCUAUCACCCACAUUUCUAACAUCACCACUUUUACAUACUUCCUCUCUCUGCUCUGCUGCUUUUAAUUCUAAAGAGAGGAAGAGAAUCAGGCUGAAAAUGGCGCAUUCCGUUAAGCGAAUAUCCGAUAGCCCAAAAUCAGUUACAUUCGACGUCGGCAAUACCAACAAACCCGACUCUCGUGAACUCAAUUUUGGUUCACCUAUUUCGCCCUUAAGACCUGGACCAGCGGCUAGCAGUAGCUCGAGUUCAUCCGGGUCAGUAUCAGGUCGGAAUGAAAAUAGAAUUCACUUUCGAUCAGCUUCUAGAAGGGCAGAUUCAGGUGGUAGGAUUAAAAACCACUCCGGCGAGUUGUCGGUGAAUAGUUCUCCGAAAGCUUCAGCAGGUGGAGGUGCCUCAUCUUCAUCAAAAAAAUCGGGUCACACCCGGUCAAAUUCCUGUGGAGGAACUGGCGGCCACCCACCAAUCAACUCUGGUGGAAGCUCCGCUACUUCUCCGGCCACGAAUGUACUUCCAACCGGCAACAUUUGCCCGACGGGGAAGAUAUUAAAGACGGGUAUGAUGACAUCCCGGAGCUCCAAAUCAGACGUAUUAAGUCUCGGAACCAGCAACUACGGCCAUGGCAGCAUAUUACGAGGCGGCUCCACCACUAAGCCGACCGGAACUGAACCCCCUGUUUCGAUUAUUUCAAAUUCCAAUACUUCAAGGAGAUUAUCGAUGGACCCUGAAAAGCUGAGAAAGGUAGGAAACGAACACUACAAAAGGGGAAACAUCAAAGACGCCCUGAGUUACUACGAUCGCGCGAUAGCGAUCUCGCCGGAAAAACCUGCCUACCGUUGUAACCGUGGAGCCGCAUUGAUGGGUCUGAACAGGUUGAAUGAGGCUGCGAAAGAAUAUGAAGAAGCCCUUAAAAUCGAUUCUGGAUACAUGAGAGCUCAUCGUCGUUUAGGAUCUCUUCUUAUUAGUUUAGGGCAAGUGGAAAAUGCAAGGAGACAUCUUUAUUUUCCAGGGUUCCAAGCAGAUCCAAAUGAGCUCAAGAAAUUACAAGAAGUUGAAAAACACUUAAAUAAGUGCACAAAUUAUAGAAAAGUUUGCGAUUGGGGUAAUGUUUUAAAUGAAUGUGAUGCUGCAAUUGAUUCUGGAGCCGAUUCUUGUCUUCAGCUAUUUGCAUGUAAAGCAGAAGCAUUGUUGAAGGUGCAUCGAUUAUAUGAUGCUGAUGUCAGCAUGUCUUAUGUGGCUACAUUUGAAGCAUCUUGUAGUCUUUCGUGUCCCCAAGAAAACUUCUUUGGGAUGCAUCCGGAAGCAUACCUUUUGUUUGUUCGUGCUCAAAUCGGCAUGGCAAUGGGAAGAUUCGAGAACGCCGUUACAAGUAUUGAAAAAUCAGGACAAAUUGACCCACGAAAUGUCGAGAUUGCCCUUCUUCUCCAAAACUUUAGGUCAGUGUCUAGGGCUCGGGCACGUGGGAAUGAUCUUUUUAAGUCAGAAAGAUUCACGGAAGCUUGUUCGGCUUAUGGCGAAGGGCUUCGGUUUGAUCCUUUGAAUCCGGUUCUUUAUUGCAAUCGGGCAGCUUGUUGGUUUAAACUCGGGCAGAUGGAAAGAUCUCUUGAUGAUUGUAAUCAAGCGCUUCUUAUUCAUCAAAAUUACACCAAAGCCCUUCUUCGUAGAGCUGCUACAUAUAGUAAGCUUGACCAAUGGGCUGAAUCUGUGAAAGAUUAUGAAGUUUUGAGAAAAGAGCUUCCUAACAACAACGAUGUAGCAGAAUCUUUAUUCCAUGCUCAAAUUGCUUUGAAAAAAUCAUGUGGUGAAGAAGUAUAUAACAUGAAAUUUGGGGGUGAAGUUGAGUUAAUUACAAGUCUUGAACAGUUUAAAUCUGCAGUUGCUUCAACCGGAACUUGUAUUGUUCUUUUUGAAUCAUCAUCCGAUAUACGAUGCAAGCAGAUGUCAACAUUUGUAGACACGUUAUGCUCCCGAUAUCCAUCCAUAAUAUUUCUCAAGGUUGAUGUGGAAGAAACCCCACUAAUUGCAAAAGCUGAAAAUGUAAGUGUUGUGCCAACAAUCAAGAUUUACAAAAAGGGUAAUCGAGCAAAAGAAAUGGUAUGCCCGAGUAAAGAAGCAGUGGAAUCAUCAGUCAAGCACUACAGUUCGUAAGAUCUUGUGGAUCAAAAAGAUUUUCAUAUUCUAUUGCAUAAAAGGCAUGAUAAUUUAACCAUUAAAGCGCCAAAUUUUAGAGUCGAUGUGAAGAGGAAAAACUGGAAAUGGGUAGGUUAGUUGGAGUUUUGUAGUAAAAAUGUGUAUUAAUUUGUAAAACAACAUUGUUAUGUUGUUGAGUUUCAUUCAUUUAUGGGGUAUUAUAAGUGGGAUGUGUAGAUGUAUAUGUAUGUGAAGAUGGUGAUACAAACAACAAAAUAUUGCAACUUGGGGG